AAUGCUUUGUGCGUCUUUGUUUUGCAUUAUAGCCAAGUUAAAAUAAAAACCACUGCAGUUGGAUUCAGAUUAGCCUACUUUUUAAAAUGUCCAGCCUUCGGACAGCUUGGCAACAGCAGCUACGUACAGUGUGUAGCAGCACCCAGAAGCGAACAAAGCGACCCGGAAGCGCUGAACCAAUUGGAGGCAGGCAGAAAGAAUACCAAUCUUUAAUAAUAAAGCAAGACAAAAUCUGCAAUCGGGACAUCAGGAUGGCUGAGCCUCGGUUCAACAACCCCUACUUCUGGCCUCCGCCUCCCUCCAUGCCUGGCCAGCUGGAUAACCUGGUGCUCAUCAACAAGAUCAAGGAGCAGCUGAUGGCUGAGAAGAUCCGACCCCUACACCUGCCACCCAACUCAGCCCCCUCCCAGCAAACCCUGCUGGUGGCUUCCUCCCCCUCGGACGGGGGGCAGCAGCAGCACGGCAUGCCCAAGCACCAGCAGGGGCAGCACCACCCUCAGGGCUCGGUCCAGCAGCCUGACAUCGCCCUGCACGCCCGCCCAGCCUCCAGCUCUGUGCCAGUUAGAUCAGUUAAUUUUAUUACCUUCAAUGUCGAUGAUGCAGACGUGAAUAUGGAUGACAAGUCAGCAGUGAAGGCCAAAGGACUGUGGGAUGAGUGGCACAUGCGACAGAUCGUCGAGCAGCCCUCUAGAGUUAACCAUCGGUCAGUCUUCAUGUGCCCAUACACAGGUCUGGCCCCGUCGUCCCGGCCGGACGGCCACAGCACUUCCGAGGCCCUCACGCCCACCACACCCACCUCUAGCAGCCAGAACCGACUGGGAGGGGCCCCAUCGGUCAACAUCAUCUCCGGGCUGGCCAGUGGGCCUGGCAUGGAGCAGAUGAAGAGCGGGGGCCUGGCCGGACUCCUCGGCCCUCCACCCAAGACACCCCGCGGGCGGAAGAAGAUCAAAGCGGAGAGCGGAGGGCCUCUUCUGGUGGUGCCCUACCCUAUCAUGGCCUCUGGCGCAGACCAGGGCUGCAUCACCUUCCCUGCCAAAGAGGGCAAAACCUACAGAUGCAAAGUGUGUCCGCUUACCUUCUUGUCCAAGUCGGAGAUGCAGAUCCACUCCAAGUCCCACACGGAGGCCAAACCCCACAAGUGUCCCCACUGCUCCAAGUCCUUUGCCAACGCGUCCUACCUGGCACAACACCUCCGCAUUCACCUGGGCAUCAAGCCUUACCACUGCUCCUACUGUGAGAACUCCUUCCGUCAGCUCUCGCACCUGCAGCAGCACACCAGAAUCCACACUGGUGACAGACCCUAUAAAUGCGCGGCCCCUGGAUGUGAAAAGGCCUUUACCCAGCUCUCUAACCUCCAGUCUCACCAGAGGCAGCACAACAAGGACAAGCCGUACAAAUGUCCCAACUGCUACCGUGCCUACUCAGAUUCAGCAUCGUUACAGAUCCACCUGUCUACGCACGCCAUCAAAAACGCUAAGGCCUACUGCUGCAGUAUGUGUGGCCGGGCAUACACCUCAGAAACCUACCUUAUGAAGCACAUGUCCAAACAUACAGUGGUUGAGCACCUAGUGAGCCACCAGUCUCCCCAGAGGACAGAGUCCCCCAGUAUCCCAAUACGCAUCUCCCUCAUCUGAGCUCUCCACCCACACAGCAUUACUGUAUGUUGUUGUAUUAAUUGUCUAUGUAAGGCUGUAGUUUAGGGACCCUGCAUAUAAGGCCAUUGACACAAGGCCUAUAUACGGUGCCUUUGGAAAGUAUUCAGACCCCUUGACUUUUUCCACAUUUUGUUACGUUACAGCCUUAUUCUAAAAUUGAUUUUUAAUAAAAAUCCUCAGCAAUCUACACACAAUACCGCAUAAUGACAAAUUGAAUACAGGUUUUUUGAAUUUGUAGCAAAAAAAAAAAAUUUGGGGAAAAAAAAGAAAUACCUUAUUUACAUUCAAACCCUUUACUAUGAGACUCAAAGUAAUUUAUGGUAGAGUGGCCAGAAGGAAGCCACUCCUCAGUAAAAGGCACAUGACAGCCUGCUUGGAGUUUGCCAAAAGGCACCUAAAGAUUCUCAGACAAUGAGAAACAAGAUUCUCUGAUCUGAUGAAACCAAGAUUGAACUCUUUGGCCUAAAUGCCAAGCGUCACAUCUGGAGUAAACCUUGCACCAUCCAUACGGUGAAGCAUGGUGGUGGCAGCAUCAUGCUGUGGGGAUGUUUUUCAGCGGCAGGGACUGGGAGAUUAGUCAGGAUCUAGGCAAAGAUGAACAGAGCAAAGUAUAGAGAGAUCCCAGGUGAAAACCUGCACCAGAGCGCUCAGGACCUCAGACUGGGGCGAAGGUUCACCUUCCAACAGGAGAAAGACCCUAAGCACACAGCCAAGACAACGCAGGAGAGGCUUCGGGACAAGUCUCAAUGUCCUUGAGUGGCCCAUCCAAAACCUGGACUCAUCUGACCUGAUAAUAGCUGUGCAGAAACGCUCCUCAUCCAACUUGACAGAGCUUGAGAGGAUCUGUAAAGAAUGGGAGAAACUCCCCAAGUACAGGUGUGCCAAGCUUGUAGCAUCAUACCCAAGAAGACUUGAUGCUGUAAUCGCUGCCAAAGGUGCUUCAACACAGUACUGAGUAAAGGGUCUGAAUACUUAUGUAAAUGUGAUAUUUCAGUUUUUUUGCAAAAAUGUCUAAAAAACAGUUUUUGCUUUGUCUUUAUGGGGAAUUUUGUGUCGAUUUUUGAAUAAGGCUAUAUCGUAACAAAAUGUGGAAAAAGUCCAGGGGUCUGAAUACUUUCCGAAAACACUGUAUGCAUCUCGACACCUGACAUUCAUUUCCAAACCCCUCGUUCUAUUUUGACACAGAUUGGGUCGGUUAAAUGAAAACGAACACAUUCUUUGCAAAGGUUUAUGUCAAUGGAAACAAAUGUCGGAUAAUGUCUCGCGUCAAAUAAAACUGAGCACUUACAAA